AUGUGGCAACCAAAUCCCGUGCCGGAGCGAGUUGGGAAGACAAGCACAGCAAGUCUCCGGCCACCUCUCAACCAGUCUGAUGUAUCCUGGGACGACUGGGACAAUGCCGGCUGGGACGAUGCUUGGGGCGAUGGCUGGACGAUGCAGACUGGGACGAUGCGGGCUGGGACGCAGACUGGGACGAUGCAGACUGGGCCUGGUGGUGGGAAGAGCUGCGGCAACUACACGAGGAGCUGGAGCGCUGGCAGAAGAAGCUCCUCCCCCACAGCUGACGAAACACUUUCACACCCUGGAGUUGCCUAUCGGAAAUUGGCUUUGGAGUGCCAUCCAGCAAAAGGAAGGCAUCGCGUGAAAUACUGCAGCCUUUUGUUCGGUGAGGACAAGAACAUGGAGAAAGCCAAGGAGAUGACCACAGUCUUCCGCAAGGUGAAAGAAGCCUAUGAGGCUCUGCGAAAGUUCUUCGAAAGCAGCGGAAGAAGCCAGAUUUGUUCGGGCAAGGUAGCUGGAACAGAAUCGCGAGAAGGUAAGAAGGCCAUGCUGGCUGGUCUGCUGAAAGUGAGCCCGCUGAAGAGGUUCACUGGAGCCAACGCCCCUGGGCUGUCCAGACUUGCUUUUGCUCGCGAAGGGGCCGGCGAGGCCCUUCAGAGUCAAAGGAUACAAGCAAAGUGA